GAGCCCCACCCCUGUCACAGGAAGAUCAUUUCUGUCCAUUAAACUCAGUUGUUUAGCAAGAGAACCGGGACUGUAGGAGACACUUGGAGAUGAUUCCACCGGAAGGCAGAUCUUCGCAUGGCUGGGGAAGGCGCUGAACUGGGUCUUCCCGUUUUGAGCUGCAACGGUGCAGAGACGCGGGAGCCCAGAACGCUUCCCGGAUCCCCCGGGACACCCCUGGGCGCCCUCCGCGCCACGACCGCUGCCUGCCUGUGGCCGGGGACACAGCCUCCCACCUCUCCAGAGAAACCUCUUCCCCAAAUCUCCCUUCGACCCCCGGUUCCCCUGGAAGGGCGGGAGGAGGAGGGCCCCUUCUCGCAGCCUCGUCCCUCCCCUGAGGCCCGACCCGCCCGCGCAGGCAAUCAGUGCCCGGGCGAGUCCUUGAAGUCUAUAUUUAGUGCCCGCCACCCCUCCCCCGCACAGUUGGGAGGCGGGCGGGGGUAGUGGGGGAGAG